CGCGACGCGUUCGUCGACUACGAACCACGAACUGUGCACGACAUUUCACAAAAGAUGAAUUUUCUCUGAUCGUUUCGAGCGUAUAAUGCAACGGGAAAAUAUAUUCCGCGAACGCGGUGCAAUUAGAAAAGUUCGAGCGGUGAAGUUUAGAUGUACCGACGGUGGAACGAUCAUCGGUGAUUCACCGAACCGUGAACUGCUUAAUACAAGCAGCCACGCGAAAUGUUACUUUCGUAUUUCGCGGGGAAAUCGUGUCUGACCAAGCAACGAUUGCGGGAACUGCAGGAAAAGUGUUGCAAGGCUACGAAUGCACUUGACUGGAACGUAUACAGCGAAAAGAAAUUGUACAAAUAUCCUGCAAACGAUGAUACGUCGUUACUGGACACCGUGCUGGACAAUUGAAAAAUGAACAUAACGAAAGGGAAAUGUUUCUCGCCUCGAACAAAUAGGAAUAGUAAGAAAUAAUCGAGGCUGUGACGACGAUGGAAUGUUUCCAAAAAAUGUUACAAAGUUGAAAUGCUGGAUGAAAUUUCCAGGAGCAAUUAUAUCGAAAAUUCUCGCGAUUCGUUCUCUUCGACUACAACACGACAAAGGAAAAAGGAAAAAGGAACGAUUAUGCUGUCGCUGCCACGGUGUAUUCGGUGAUCGAAACUCCUCCUGAUUCGCAAACAAGUGACAACCCGCGAGAAGACGGUCGCGCGAUCGAGCAAAUAUCAAACAGAUAAAUUGCAACAUUGUCAUCUUGAUCGAUGCACUCUCUCUCGUUACCGUGGUAUUCUCUUCGUUACUCGUAAGGAAAUAGUCUUCGCUAAAACUAUGGAGAGAGAAGAGGCCGUAGUACCGGAUGCGCCUUGGUAUGCGACAGUUUUCGAAUACUGGAGAAACAGGAAUCGAGUGGGUCCCGGGAAAGUAGAGCUUCCCGAUUGCGACUUUUUCAUCGUCGGUCCGCGUCGAACCCUGAGAAUUCUGAAACCGUCCCUGAAGAGCGGCUGGUAUUACGAGAGUACCAGCAACGACAAACCGGAAUCUAUCGCCGACAAUUUCUUCGCCCGUUGGUCCAGAAGACCCCAUUCGUCUGGGAAUUGCAGGUGUUCCUUUCGGCAGUCUCGCCGCUUGAGCACCACCGAGGAACAGAUUAUAUCCGCAGAGUUGAACAGAAUUCGAACGAGUCUUUGCGAAGCCGAGAAGAACGAGCGAGCGAUUCAAGAGUUGGAACAAAGGGUGUCGAUGAAUUUGCAGAGACUUCAAGUCACCGAAAGUCAACCAACGAAACCGGAAUCGGAGGACGCGGCGCUUGCGAUCACCAAUCAAAUGGUUGCGAAAGAUCCUCGAGUGGACGAGAAAACGAUGAAAAAUCAAAUCGUGAAGGACCUAGAAAGGUACAUCAACAUACUUCUCGAGGAGAUUCUCGACGACACUGUGAAAUACAUUGCCGGUGCCGAAAAUACUCUGAAAAGGAACAAGAGCUCGCCUCGCCGAUCGGACAAGGAUAAACGGAAUUGCAGCAAAAAGAAACCAUCCAACGAUCGUUGCUUCGAUAACGAACAGUCAUUCAACGACAUAAACUUGUCCCUUGAUCCGGAUCGGAUUGCGAAACAACCGAACGAACCGAACCAGUGCAGAAAUGAGAUAUCGAGUAACGAGGAGGGAUACGUUAAUCGCGGCUUCAUUGGCUCCUCGACAGAUCCGGACGCGCUCGACUUUUACUUGCGACGUUCGGCCGCAACGCAAGUCACCCUAGAACAGUUCGACUGUAUCGAUUCGGGGAUAAACAGCGUUGAGACGAUAGAGUUCCAGCCGGAUCAAGAGCCCAGCCUCGAGCAAUCCUUGCUGAAGAUCAUCGACGAGAGACUCGGCAGAAUAUCCUUGCCUUUGAGGAACAGUUGGGAGGACUUGUGUGGCACAGGUGGCCAGGACAACGAUCCCCAGGGCCAGCCGACAAAGAGAGCGGACGGAAAGGUGAUUCCGAGAACCGGUGAGCAUCUGGGCAAUGAUGGAGGCAGCAGCGCCGAGAGAUCGGAGGUCACCGAGAAGAAUGAUGCGGAAAGCAACAAGCCGCAGAAUCCGAGCGUUCAAGCCGCCGGAGGAAUCGAUAUCUCGACGGAUAAUCUCGCGGCUAGGGAACCGGCAAUGCUCGAUCUCAAGGAGCCAGAGGAUAUUGUUAACGAGCACAGUUUCGAGAAUUUGCGACUGGAAUUGAACGGCAGCGGGAACGGAUCCUCCUUCAAGUUCAACAAAGCUAACGCCAUGUCGAAGCUGCGGAAGAAGCUGUGCGCGAACCCGGCUGCGUCCGACGAGUCUUUCGAACAGAUUCGCUCGACCGAGAUGAUGGCGCCGUCGUUGCAGCUCAAGAAGGAACCGCCGCCGGCCCCUAUUGAGCUCGAAGAUUACAGGAAAAUGUGGCCGAACAUCGAAGAGACGUCUGCGACCGCUUACGAACAGAAUCCUCGCGAUUUCGUUACUUUCAGGAAGACCCGAAAGCCGAUGAUCGUAUUCAUCCACGGGUUUGGAUCGUCCGCAGAUAUCUUUGAGCAUCAGCUUCGGUAUUUCUCUGCUUUGGGCUAUCCUUGCAUCGCACCGGACAUGCUGGGGCACGGCAUGAGCUCGGCACCUGGUCGCUCCAGGGAUUAUCACUUUAACAAACUGCUCAAGGAUCUCGACACCAUCCUCUGCCAUUACGCGUUCAAACCCGGACAGAAGUGUGUUCUGGUAGCGCACAAUUACGGAUGCAGUUUCGCGGCUGCCUUGGCCUGUAAAUACGACAGUUGCAUACACCAGCUAGUCUUAAUAUCCGGAGGUGGUCCAACUCCUUUAGCAGCACCCAGCAGCGAAAGCGCCGGUCACUGUUGCCUCCGAGCAAUCCUCGCGCCUUUUUUAAUGUGUGGCCUUCACAGAGAUAUACUAUAUUCCGCAAAGGGCCGUCAACACCCUUACUGCGGCCCCGAACCACCGGAACAAUGGCCCUCGCACAUGAAAUACGUUCUAGACGGCAUGGUUUGGCCAGAUGGUGACUACAUUUUCCAUAGAAGGAUAUGCACACCGACGCUUCUUAUACAUGGUUUAAGGGACAACAAAGUGUCAUUGGUGCAAGAAUGCCAAAUGGAAAGAACCAUGCUUAAAGCUUUCUUGGAAGCAAUUCCAGCAGCUGACCAUACACCCAUGACUGACUGUCCAGAACAAGUGAAUCACAUGAUACAUUGUUUUAUAGAUUUGUGGAAAAAUAAAAAGUGGUAGCGGUAAUAUAGUUAGGUCUAUAUGAUAUACAGAAUAGACACUUUGUAAAAUAUAUUAUUGCAUAAUAAGAUUAUAUUUGAAUCAAGUUCAUUAUACGGGUAUUCGAUUCAUUUGUAUAUGUUGAAAGAAAAAAUUAGAUGCCUUGUGCGUAAUUCGAUGUGGCGAAUUUAUGCAUCGAAACAAAGAUUAUAACCUAUUGUAUACAACCUAGUUUUAUACUAGUGAACAUUCAUUUUUAUAGAUACUAUUUUAUACGAUUGUAGCGGCAAAACAAAUCCAAAAAAACAAGUUUUUUACCAACACUUUGAAAACGUUUUGCGAUAAUGUGCAGCUACGGCUGGUUACUGAUAUUAUUCUCAUUAAAGUUGAUUCAUUCUAUGACACAACUGUGCCAAAAUCUGUGCACACGGUUGUUGCAGUGGUUCUUCAAAUUGAAGCGGUUCUAACGAAGGUUGUAAAGGUCGAUUUGUAAAUGAAAUUGUAAAAUAUUAUGUAGAGGCUAUGCGGUAGCGUAUAAGUUAUACCAAAGAUGAUUUAUACAAUGUGAUUUUCUCUAUUCUACCAGAGUAUAACUUAUUCGUUUACAAUAAAAUUGUGUACAGAUACAUUUGAUUUAUCGACAAUUGUAUUUAUAAGUCUUAUUCCACGUAUUCCUGUCAGCCAUCUAUUC